AUGCACACUGGCACAGAAGAAGAGAAAAGUAAACUUGAAGUACUGGAAUACAGGCUAAAAGCCAUAGAGGGUUCUGAAAGUUACGGGUUUGGUGACGUGGCGAGGUUGAGCCUGGCCCCAGGUAUGAUAAUCCCACAUAAGUUUAAGGUGCCAGAAUUCGAGAAAUAUAAGGGUAGCACAUGCCCUAAAAAUCAAUUGACCAUGUAUUGCCGAAAAAUGGCUGCUUACGCUCAUGACGAAAAAUUGCUUAUCCAUUUAUUUCAAGAUAGCUUGGCUGAAUCAUCAUUGAGUUGGUAUACGCAUCUGGAAUUCUCUCAUAUUUGUUCUUGGGCAAAUUUGGCGGAUGUCUUUAGAGAAUUGGUAGCACAAGUAGAGCUGCCUCUAUACAACAAGGAGAUGGUUGGAAUGUUUGUGAGCACACUAUCAUCACCUUUUCAUGAGCAUAUGAUCGAAAGUGUGACUUCAAAAUUCACUGGUAUCAUCAUCAUAAACCAAAAUAGUCGAGCUUGGGCUGAAGAAUGGCAAAAUUACAUCUUCGACCACUAUUCCAAAAAAGUCGUUUUAUCCGGAAAAGGAGAAGGAAAUGGGAGUACAUGCAAUAAUAGCAAUACCCAUAUGGGGAGGUCAUGCGUCCACUCAUAA